AUGGACCAUCUUCACGUCUCAUUCUUACCCUUCCUUCUAUUUUCUCUAAGUUUCAUCUUUUUCCUCACAAAGAUCCUGAAAGUGGGACGAAAAAGAUCCAAACUCACUUGCAAAACACAAAAUAACCUUCCUCCUGGGCCAUGGAAGCUUCCUGUUAUUGGAAGCAUACACCACCUAAUUGGCUAUCUCCCCCAUCACAGGUUUAGAGAGUUAGCCAAAAUCUAUGGCCCUCUAAUGCACCUUCAACUUGGUGAAGCAUCAACCAUAGUGGUUUCUUCUCCUGAAAUGGCCAGACAAGUGUUGAAAACCCAUGAUGCCAUUUUCUCUCAAAGGCCUCAUCAAGUUGGUGCAGAUAUAAUGUGUUAUGGUUCCUCUGACAUUGCCACUGCCAAAUAUGGGACUUAUUGGAAACAACUAAGAAAAAUUUGCUCUUUAGAGCUUCUUAGCACUAAACGUGUGAGAUCAUUCCAUUCAAUAAGGGAACAAGAGGUGUCCAAUUUGAUUAGAUAUAUUUCUAACAACACUGGAUCUUGUGUUAAUCUCAGUGAGAAAGUUGCUUGCAUGACAAGUGACAUCACUGCAAGGGCAGCUUUUGGUAAGAAAUGCAAGGACCAAGGAGAGUUCAUCUCCUUGAUCAAGAAACUUGUGAGAAUGGCUGAAGGUUUUGUUGUUUUUGAUUUAUUUCCUUCUCAAAAAUGGCUUCAUGUGAUCAGUGGAAUGAAGCCUAAACUAGAGGAGUUGCACCAGAAUUUUGAUAUGAUUAUUGAAAACAUCAUCAAGGAGUCAACAGAGACAGAGACAGGUGAAGUAGAAGUAGAGGGUCUUCUCUCAGUUCUUCUAAAUAUUAAAGAUCAUGAUGAAGGCCUUGAGCAUCCCUUAACAAUGAAUAACAUCAAAGCUGUAAUUUUGGACAUGUUUGUUGCCGGAAGUGAUACAUCAUCCACAAUUAUAGAAUGGGCCUUUUCAGAAAUGCUGAAAAACCCAAAAGCAAUGAUCAGAGCCCAAGAAGAAGUGAGAAAAGUUUUUGGCAGCAAAGGAUACACUGAUGAAACUUCACUUCAUGAGCUAAAAUUUCUCAAAGCAGUCAUCAAAGAAACACUGAGAUUGCACCCUCCUUUUCCUUUGCUUCUCCCAAGAGAAUGCAGGGAAACAUGUGAGAUCAAAGGGUACACAAUACCUGUUGGAACCAAAGUGAUAGUGAAUGCAUGGGCCAUUGGAAGAGACCCUGAGUAUUGGAGUGAACCAGAGGAGUUCUGUCCAGAGAGGUUCAUGAAUUGUGCAAUUGAUUACAAAGGUUCCAACAUGGAAUUCAUACCUUUUGGUGCUGGAAGGAGAAUAUGUCCUGGCAUUUUGUUUGCUGUAUCUAGCAUUGAAGUCUGUCUUGCACAACUACUUUACUAUUAUAAUUGGGAGCUUCCAAAUGGAACCGAGGAAACACUAGAAAUGACUGAAGCUUUGGGAUCAUCAUCAAGAAGGAAAACAGAUCUGAUCUUAAUUCCCACUUCUUACAAUCCAAUGCUUGUUUCAUCAGACCAAACACUUGAGUCAAUUUGACUAAAGACUGGGAGAAAUUUUCAAUAAAGCUUGAGAUGAUAAAUUUGUAUCUUGGAAUAAUAUGUAAAAGAAAGGCUUAAAAGCAUUUAUUGCCCCUGAUGUAUCAUGUCUGUGCAAAAGGUACCCCCAUAUAUUUUUGUCUAUGUUUGUACCCUCAAUGAUAUUGAAAAGUGUAACGAGUACCCCUCCGUCUCUCUGACGUUAGUAAGUGAGAUUCGAACCCAAGCCUUGAAAGUGGCAAAAGCUACCCCUAACCAUGUGAGCUACAUAGAGAUUUG